CAGGACAGUGUACACGGCGAAUAUCGCGUUUUGCGGAAAAUUGAAUAUGGGGUUAUCAGUAGUGACGAAAUACAGUACUGAUUUUUUUAAAUGGCGCUUAUCGCGUUUUGGAACUCAUAUGUCAAAUGUUUCAGAUGGUGGAGGGAUUUAACAUUUUUUAAUUUUUUUAAUUUUAAAACUUAUUACAGGACCACUGUAGUAGCCAAUCGUCGUCGCUGUCGUCGGGGGUUUCCCUGAACAGUUGUUCAACGCAGGAGUGGGAAAAAACAGUUAGCCGAGGAGUUCUGACUUGUGUUGGCUUUCUAUAAGGUUCGAAGCUAUGAAAGGAAUUACUGCGCUUCUUUUUCUGUUACAGGCUACAGCUGUUAACACAGGGUCACACUCUCUCUGGGUAUUUGCAACAUUUAUAUACGGACAGACCCAAUUCCCAGAAUUCAGUGGAGUGGUUAUGUUGGAUGAUCUUCAGGUGCUCUACUAUGACUGCAACAUAAAGAAAUGGCUCUCUCGAAGCCAACCAAGCUCAACAAAUGUUGCUGAAGAAUUUAUCCUUGAAGGCGCAAACAGUGUGAUGGAAGACACAUAUAAUUCCAUGAGAAAUCCAGCCUAUCAUGUAAACCUCUUCUCCAAUCACACUGAAGGAGUUCAUGUUCAUCAGAGGCUGGGUGGAUGUGUGCUGGACAAUGACAAUGACAAGCCCAGCCCGGUCACGAUGUGGCAAGCUUAUGAUGGAACAGAAGUGGCUCGUUACGACAUACGUAAUCGCACCGUCAACCCUCUAUGGCCACAGCUUAUGUGGUCCACACUGAAAGAAAAAACCUGUCAAAUUAUAUAUAAAUAUUUAUCAGCCUAUUUGUAUCCAAACACUGAAGUACUAUCUGGAGAAAGAGAAGAACAUUGUGUUAAGAAAAGCUCAUCCACAAGGUGUUCUAUUGGAUUCAGAUCCGGUGACUGGGAAGGCCACUGAGGAACACUGAACUCAUUGUCAUGUUCAUGAAACCAGUUUGAGACGACUUGCUUUGUGAUAUUAUCAUGCUGGAAGUAGCCAUUAGAAGAGGAGUACAUUGUGGCCAUGAAGGGAUGCACAUGGUCAGCAAUAAAGCUCAAAUCGGAUGUGGCAUUCAAGAAAUGAUUGAUUGGCAUUAACAGACCCAAAGUUUGCCAAGAAAACACCAUUACACCACCGCCACCAGCCUGGAAUGUUGACACAAGGCAGAUUGGCUGAUUCGAUAAUCACAUGAAUAAGUAGGCAUAUAGGUGUUCCUAAUAUAGUGCUCAGUAAGUGUAUGUUGCAUUCCUGUGGGUGCUACGCUGUGCAGUCCUUUUCUAACAAAAUUUACAUUUUAAUCCCAUGUGAGGA